CAAACAUUGUCACAGUGUACUCUGAAGCUAAUGCUAGCAGGAGGCUGUCACUAUACUGUGUUUACUUCAGCGCCAGUACGAGCUAGGCUGUUUUCAGUUGUUAGCAUGUAAGCUAGUAAGCUCUGGUUGCCUUUCGGUGGUUAUUAUCUUAUCUUAAAAUGCAUGACUGCGAUUUCCGGUUAUUUGGUCCAUCGCCGUUUAGCAAAAUGGACAAACCCUGCACCGGUAUAUUUGCUUUCUUUAAAUAAGUCAGUACCGUCAUGCAUGGCUGCUUUUUUAGCCCCGAGACUUUCCCAGUUAUUAAAUAAAGGAUUUCCCAAAAGACGAGACUGGACACACGCCUCUCUGGUGGUGUCCGCUCAAGUUCUAUUAAUGACUGACUUUGAACCUUUGGCAAAGAGGCUCAAGGUCGGAACCAAUGCACCAGCAUCUCCAUCAUCCGUUCUGCGAGAUCAUUCUUUGUGUAGAAAGAUGCAAGAUAACGAGUCCGUAGAUGAUGAAAAAACAGGUGUAAAGAACACAGAGAUGAAGAUGGAUCUGCAGCCAAAGACGGGAGCUGGUAGUUUGCGAAGUGUCAAGAAAAACACUUCUCAUCAAAGAAUUGGCCCCAGACAGCAACAGAAGUUCAUCAAUACUCUGGAACAAUGGCUUGUUAAACCCAGGAAAAAUUCAGAUACACCUGAAGUGUGUCAAACCCAAGAUGAUGUGGAAAGUACAGAUGAUGGCGGCUUAGAAAGUACCUCAGCUCAGUCUCUGGAUUUCCAAAAUGCUGAAUUACCCACCGAAUUUAACAUGGAUGAAGAUACCCAACUCUUCACAGCACAAGACCUGGAGGAACACAGUCAGGUAUCACCUUCUUCCCAGGAUUCAGCAGCAAGUGGGCUUAUCCACACGCUGUCCUGCAAUGAUGGAGGAUCAGAAACAGAAGAAUUGGAAACGUGCUCAGCAAGCUCAGAAACCUCUGUCAGACACAAAAUCACAGAUUUCUUCUCGGGGAACUCAUCACGACGUCUACUUGGGAGAAAGGGCCAACCAGAUAAGUCCCCAGGGAAACAAGAUGGAGACAAGGAAUGGACAUCUGCUGAUGGAAAGCCUGAUGUUAAAUGGCUUGGGACGCCAAUCAGUGAGCUAAAGAGGAUGCCUGAAUGUGGCGGAUCGCUUCCCCCACUGAGGAAUGUUCCUGACCAGCACACUGUGAUGAUAAGGACAGACCUUCUUCACUAUGGUAAAGUUCCUGUUCCAUAUCCUGGUAUGUUUAAGGAUACCUGGGACUUCUUCCAUGCCAAGAUGCCCUGUUCCAGCAGUAAUCUGUUUCCUAUACAAGAUGAGGAAACGCAAGAACUUCAGAAUAAGAGUCGGUGGGAGCUGAUCAAGGAAUCUUUAAACAAGAAGUUCACGAGUCCACUUGAUAUCAAGAAUGCAAUAUUGAAAUACAGUCCUUCUAUCGCCAAGAAAUGGGACUUCACAGCUUUAAAUCAGUACUGCACUAAGGUCCUGAAGCCCGACGCUGCUGAACAUCUGUUUGACUUCCUGCUGCCAGACAUGGUGCAAUUAGCACUGAGAGCAUCUGAGCUCUGCACCAAGCCGAUACCUCUCCUCAAGAGAGGCAUGAACCACUCCAUCACGAUGUCUCAGGAGCAGGUGGCAUGUCUGCUCGCCAACGCCUUCUUCUGCACGUUCCCGCGACGCAACUCUAGAAAGACCGAGUACUGCAACUACCCAGACAUCAACUUUGUCAGACUGUUUGAAGGAUCCUCUUCAAAGAAGAUUGAGAAGCUGAAAACCCUGAUGUGCUAUUUCAAAAGUGUCACUGAGCAAAAGCCUCUUGGACUUGUAACAUUCACACGACAAAGUUUGGAUAAGCCCCCACCAUGGGAAAGCUCUCAGACUCACCUCACAAAGCUCCACAUCACGUGUGAGGGAACCAUCGAGGAUGAUGGUUGUGGAAUGCUUCAGGUGGAUUUUGCCAAUCAGUUUGUUGGAGGAGGCGUCACCGGUUCUGGUCUGGUUCAAGAGGAAAUCCGUUUUCUGAUCAAUCCGGAGCUCAUUGUUUCUCGCCUCUUCACUGAAGCCCUGGACCACGAUGAAUGCUUGAUCAUCAGAGGUACACAGCAGUACAGCAAAUACACAGGCUACGCUCAGACCUACAAAUGUGCCGGAAGCCAUCAAGACCCAACUCCAAGAGAUGACUGGCAGAGAAGAUGCACAGAGAUCGUCGCCAUUGAUGCGCUGCAUUUCAGGAACUUUCGGGAACAGUUUAAACCAGAGAAAAUCGACCGAGAACUCAACAAGGCCUACUGUGGCUUUGCUCGCCCUGAGGAACAAAGCCAAAACCUCUCCGCAGUGGCCACAGGGAACUGGGGCUGUGGCGUUUUCGGAGGUGACACACGUCUUAAAGCUCUGCUCCAGAUGCUGGCAGCUGCUGAGGCGGGCCGAGAUGUUGCCUAUUUCACCUUCGGUGACAGCCAGCUCAUGACAGAUGUCCACAACAUGCACUCUUUCCUCACGGAGCAGAACAUCAGUGUCGGGGAGGUGUACGAUCUCCUGGGGCAGUACAACAGCUCAGUGUGCAACAGCUGCCUCGGCCGGCGCCCUGACGUCAGCCUCUACUCCUUCAUCUACCAGCAGGUCAGCUCCUCCCUGGCACCCGAAUGAGUCCGACCGGCGCUCUGCCAGACAACAUGUCCCCACACACUGCCGUUAAGGUCAGGUGGCCGAUGAGUCACCGCGCCUUAUCUUCCUGGAAAUGAAACACGGAAUUUCAAUAUUCUCUGUUCUUACAGCUUUAUUUUUGACUUUUAUCAUAAUUUUUUCAUCAGUCUUUUUACACUACCAAAUGUGGUCUCUACCACGUGAAAAUCUGGCGUGCAGAAAACAACAACUGAAACGCAGGAGUUGAUUAUCUAUGACCCUGUUGUCGCUGGAGUCCAAGCUGUGUUCAUUUUGCCGCCGCUGGUAAUACGCCAAUGUAUUGAGCUUCAAUACGACGCAAUUGUGAUUUUAAUGGUGAAGCAAAGGUUGCCAUCCAUCUUCAGACUUUGUCAUGUUGCCUUUUUUUUACACCCACACAUAUCGAGCCUAAUUGAAUUGGCUGUCAGGAAUCGAGUUAAAGGGAAAGGAAUAACAAGAGCGGGGAUCGGAAAGCUUGGAGCGGACUCCAAGAUGAUUUAAAAAGCAGCCUGGCUCUCAGAGAAGUAAUCUCAUACCUUCUACAUUUAUAGUAGCGUUCUAGUUUUGAUCUUGGAUCCAUGAAUAUAUUGUUUUUGUGAUUUGUAAGAUUUAAAUGAAGCCAGUUGCACUUGAAAUCAUAAUUUUGUUUGUUUCAACUGAUAUCCGUGUAAAAUCUGUUUCUAAUAAUUGUGAAAUGUCUACACAUGAAUGAAUAUGGUGGAUACUUGUUUUUUCAAACCACUCUUAAUAA